AUGCCACCGCGAAAUUUACGAAAUCGUGAACGCCGAGCGAGCUCGCGCGAUGCACAUGCAGAUAUACAUGCAAACGCGAAUGAUUCCACCGAUCCAAUAACGGUCCAGACUCCAACUACAACUACCACUACAACAAACGUUGGUUCAAAUGGGGUUGAGGUUGAGGGGUCGAUGAGAACCAGUAUUGGAGAGAAGAGGCAGAGAGGAUUGGCCGAAUUCGGAAUUACCAGGAGUCCGCAUGCGCAGGGAAAGAAGAAGAGGGAACCGGAAGUUGACUUUGACGAAGAUGAGGAGGCUAAAAAUGGCAUGAAUGGUGGAAAUGUUAUGUACGACACUACAAUUGGCAGCGUAAAUCAGACACAAAAAGAAGAACACACCCACACAUCAAAACGCAAAAAAUUAAGCACAACUAGUCGAGUUAAUGGAUCGAUUACAGUUGCGGCUGCGGAUCGAGCAGAACCGAUUGGUAGGGAAAUACCGAGGGAAAGAACGAGGGAAAGAAAUACCACCGUCAGUAUGGAAAACUCGUUGCCGUCGCCUCCAAUUGAAGAAUCUGAGGGAGAUGAUGAUGUGAUUGAAGUUGAUUGGCGAUCGGGAGUUGGAAUAGGGGGAAGUUCUUCACCCUCUGGAUCGAAGGGACAGAUGGCGAGGAGGGCAAGGGGAGUAAGUUCGGGGUGUGCCAAUGGUGCAAAUGGUACAAAGGAGAGUGAGGAUGAUAAAGAGAAGGAGAGGAAUAUCGAUGAGGUUGUUUUUGGAGAGCUCUGUUUCAAGACUUGGUAUUCGAGUUAUUAUUCCCGGGAAAUCAUUGGGAAUGGGAACCUUGACAACAAUUCACAAAGUAUUAGUCAAGGAAGUGGAAAGAGUACUAAGAGUGGAAAGAGUGGGAAGAGUACUAAAAGUGGAAAAAGUACUAAAGGAUGUAAAGAGAGGGAUGCGAGGGGAUCGCAGAUUGAUACACUGUUUGUCUGUAACUGGUGUUUUGGAUAUACUAUCAAUAAAGAGGAGAUGAUCAGACAUAGGGCGUGUUGUGCACGAAGGGGAAGUGUUCCUGGCAAUAAAGUUUAUCAUCACGAAGCUCAUGAAGGUCAUGGACUGCAGAGGUGGAGUGUGUGGGAGGUAGAUGGGGAGGUUGAGAGUACUUUCUGUCAAUCCCUCUCCCUCUUCGGUAAACUUUUUCUCGACAACAAAUCCGUUUUCUAUGAUGUCCAAUCCUUCAACUAUUUCCUCCUCGUCCAUACUGAUGUAGGUACAUCAGAAUCACACAUCCUAGGCUUCUUCUCGAAGGAAAAAAUGUCCUGGGAUAAUAAUAAUCUCGCUUGCAUUCUCGUUUUCCCUCCUUGGCAAAAGAGAGGCCUAGGCAGCUUAUUGAUAGGCGUCAGUUACGAGAUUAGUAGGAGAGAGGGUUUAAUUGGCGGCCCGGAGAAACCAAUUAGUGAUUUGGGAAAGAAGGGGUAUGGGAGAUAUUGGGCGGGUGAAGUAGCAAGAUAUCUCCUAGAGUUGGGGGAAGAUGAUGAUGCCGAGGAGGAGAAGGAGGAAGAAGAGGAGGAGGAGGAAGAGGUAGUAGUGGUUAAAGAAGUGGAAAAGAAAACUCAAGCGAAGAAAGCUUCGGGGAAGGGAAUGGGGAAGGGAUGGAGAAAGGGUAUGAAGGGGGUGGGUAUGCAAUCUUCAUCUCUUUCUCAAUCAACCUCAGCGCCUGUCCCUGUGAAAUCGACUUCAACGCCAAAGCCAACAACUAAAUCGGUAAUGAAACUCCCUGCUACUCCUCCAAUGGAAAACAACUAUGGUAUAACGACGGUCGAAGCUAUUAGUAAAAGCACAUGGAUAGCAGUAGAAGACAUACUGGGAGUACUGAGGAGCAUGGGUGUUUUGGAAAUGGCAGAGGGAGGAAGAAAAGGUGGAAAAAGUGAAGAUAAAGGAAAAAGUGCGGAGAGGGGGGAUAACAUGAAAGGAUAUAGAGGCAAAGUUAAAGUGGACAAGGAGAUGAUUCGUCGCUGGGUGAAAAUGGAAGGUUUGAGUCUAGAAAGAUGUAUUUGCAAAACGGGGUUCAAAGAUUUAUAUGGAUAUCCGGGAUGGGGGUGGGGGUAUGAUGGGUGGGGGUAUGAUAAGAGAAGGAUUCAUAGGCGUACACGAGAGGGAGAGAAUGAGAAAGAGAAGGAGAGUUUGGUGGAGAGUAUUGAGGAGGGGGAGGAGGAGGAGGGGGAGGAUGGGGAGGAGUUGAAUAGUAUUAUUGUUGGGUGA